GGAAGAAGGAGUGUGACUGGAGGGAGCUUGUCACUCCCUAGCACUAGCAUUAACCACAACCCCAGCAUCCAAAUAGGAAGGCAGAAGACAAAAACUGAAUGGUAUAGGUCAGACUUAUUUCCCUCAGAUUUUCUUUCCUGGUUGAAAAAAAUAUAUCAGAAAACAUGCCCGAGCAAAGUAAUGAUUACAGGGUGGUGGUGUUUGGAGCAGGAGGAGUUGGCAAAAGUUCACUGGUCCUGAGAUUUGUUAAAGGCACUUUCAGAGACAGUUACAUCCCUACAAUUGAAGACACUUACCGGCAGGUGAUCAGCUGUGAUAAGAGCAUAUGUACUUUGCAGAUUACCGACACAACAGGGAGUCAUCAAUUUCCUGCCAUGCAGCGCUUGUCUAUUUCCAAAGGACAUGCAUUUAUUUUGGUCUAUUCGGUCACCAGCCGGCAGUCUUUGGAGGAACUCAAACCUAUUUAUGAGCAGAUAUGUCAGAUCAAAGGGGAUACAGAGAGCAUUCCAAUCAUGCUGGUGGGAAACAAGAACGACGAGGACCACAACCGAGAGAUACAAACCGCUGAUGGAGAAGCCAUGGCUAAAAAAUGGAAGUGCGCCUUCAUGGAGACCUCAGCUAAAAUGAACCACAAUGUCAAAGAGUUGUUCCAAGAGCUGCUGAAUUUGGAGAAACGUAGGACUGUGAGCUUACAAAUUGAUGGCAAGAAAAGCAAGCAGCAGAAAAGGAAAGAAAAACUGAAAGGCAAGUGCGUGGUCAUGUAAAGGAUCCUCAUUCUGGAGCAGUCAUGCCGAUGUUAUCUUCUGACUGUACCAGAUUUCAUGCCCCUAAGCCAUGGGAAAAUUGGUGAAAACUGUUUUAUUAAUAGCAAUUUUGAAAGAAAAGUACUUGAAGUAAAAGUACUUUCAAGAGGUUGUCUUUUCAUAAAUUAGCCAUUAACGAGAACAAUACAUUGUUCCAAAGGCACAAAGAUGUCUUAACUUCCAGAUCAGAAACAAUAACAUGUCCAUGUUCACUGGCAUUACUAUUGCAAUGAAAGGAUCUGGUAAAUAAUCAUUUAAAGAUAAAUGCUAGUGUUUUAUACAGAAUCAUGAAAGAUGCAUGUGGGUGUGUACACACAUCCAUACAAAAAUAUUUGGCAGACUUAAUUUUAUUUUAUUUAGGCAUUAGAAAAAUGACUUUCCUAGAUCGUAAAUUUUUUCUGCUUCUACUAUGUCUUGUUUUAUUCUCACUGAUUCCUUGCCCUCCUAAGUAAUGUGUAGAAUAAUCUUCCCUCUUGCAGCCAAAAGAACUGCUGAAUGCAUGGGCAAAACUCAAUAACCUUCAACUCUACUUGCAGAUAGUUCAGUUCAGAGAUAGCAGUUCAACAUGGCAUGAAAAUUAUUAGAAAAUAGGAUGCCUGAGAGAGGAAAUAUUUUUGAUCAAAGGGUAAAGUUAAACAAUGUUGCUAUAGUUCUUAACUUUCUGUAUAUUUAUUUUUACCAAAUACCAAAUAAUACUAAUGAUGUUCUAUAAUCUGAAGAAUUUCUAAUUUAUAAGCUUACUGAGUAAAUUACAGUUAUAAUCCAUCAAUUGUGAAGAAUUAAAACAAUUAAUUUACUAUAGGCUGAUUAGGAAUAUUUGUGCUGGGAAACAAUCAUAUGUUACCUGGAAAGCAGUGGUAUGAUUCUACCAGUUCAGACCAGUUCAGGUGAACCCGUAGCUCCAACGAUCAGCUGGGAGCGAACUGGUUGACCCCGACGAUCAGAUGGGUUCACCUGCCCACCCACGCUAUUUUCCUACCUUUAUCUCCCCAGCUGACUCAUGCGGAAGAGCUGUGUUACUUCUGUUGUGUCUUGCCCGCUCUCACCGCAGCCAGGGCCUUCUUAUCUGCUUCCGAAUGCUGAGGAAUGUCCUAGUAUGCCUCCUGGCCCCAGCCCUGGCUCCAUGCCCAGACAGGCUGAGGAGGAGGAAGCACCUCCCGGCCCCAGCCCUGGCUCCAUGCCCAGACAGGCUGAGGAGGAGGAAGCACCUCCUGGCCCCAGCCCUGGCUCCAUGCCCAGGCAAACGGAGCAACUAGACCCCUCCCCCUCCCCCACAGCAUGUGAGCCCGAGGGAGGUCAAUUACCAACAGCUGCCGACUGGAGUGAUCCUCGCUUCAGAAGAAUUGAUAGGCGGCGGUGUCAGAAGGAAGGGAGGGGCAGGCCUGGAUAAGUGCUGAGUCAUGGAGCCACACCCCAUGGCCUAUAUAAAGGAUCUGCUUUCUGGCAUUCUCUGAGUCAGGCAAAGUCUAACAUAUCUUGCUGAAGUCACUUUCUGGUCUCCUGCCUGCCUUGAGGACUUUGUUAGGACUUUGGCAGAGCUGCAGAGGCAUGCCUGAUUCGGAUUUCCCUGACCCGGCCGUCAGCGGAGGAGUGGGACACAACAACUUCUCCAAAGAAACCCGGAAGUGAAGAUUUCUUCUAACUGUGCACACGCGCAAAGCACGCGAUUACCAAACCGGUUGUUAAACCGGGAGGAUCCCACCACUGCUGGAGGGCAACCAAAGAGCAUACUUGUCUCUAUGGCAUAAAUAGGAAGGUCCAUACCUUUAUGCCAGAAGUGCACUGAUACAAAUUCAACUGAUGUAGAUAGAUGUGGAUGUUUUGUCUGUAAUAUUCAGCCUCAGGAAGAAAGUAGAAUGGUAACAUCCAAACACUAGUUCCAAAACCUGAUUGUUCCCCAGACACAUAAAAUAAAACCUCUCAGGCUAUACAAGCCUGGAGCUGGUGUAGAUAAUAUUUUUACCAGUAAAGGGAAGAAGUAAGAAGAAAUUGCUCUUCUCUAACCAUCCCCCUUAAAAUAGACAUGCAGUACAUCCCACUCUGGUUGCAGCAAACCACAGAAGUUGUGAAUAUGAGGAUGGCUUCACCAGGAAAUUUUAAGUGACCUGCAUGUCUAUUAGGAAUUAGGAAAUUUCAAAAACAAAAACACUCUCAUUCCUCAAUAAAUCCUUUUCUGUGCAUAGUAGAUAUCAAGGAGGGUCACUAAGGAAGAAAUGGAUUCAACAUUCGCAUGAGUGGGUUGGCACCACUGAGUAGGGGAAAGAUACACUACCAAAACAUUUGGAUGUAGCCAUGCAAGAACUCAAAAAAUUAUCAGGUUAUCAUUUCUCAUGUGAGAGAAGGGGGUAAAAAAUCUUAAGUACAUAUUUUAUGAAAGGAGGAAUUGAAUUUAAAUGGAUCCUCCAAGGAAAUUGGAGGGAAGAUUAGAUAGGGAAAAAAACCUCAUCUGCCUCCUCAUCAUAUUCUCAACAAAUGUAAGAUGAAGCUUUAUUUUAAAGAUGAAUCAUUUAGUUAUAUUUAGUACCAAAAAAUAAUAAUCUUAACUAUGUUUCAUAGUAAUCAAAUAUUAAUUUAAUUUUUCUUCCUUCUACACUAUCCAUGCUAUUUCUUGAAUUGGUCUCUGGUUUACCCUUCAGGCCAAAUAUGGUCCUAAAUUCAAAGAAAAAUGGACACCCCUUGGAGAAGAGGAUAAAAUUCUUUGAAUCUUAUUUGCAAACAGAUAUGGAUUCAAGUUAGGCUUGAUUAUCUUAAGUAGACAACUGAAACCUCUGCAUUUAUAUUAUAGCCCAUGAAUCAGAACAUUUCUCUCUUUUUUAAAGAGAAUAUAAGGAGAAUGGCGUCUUUUGAAGCAGUAUAUUGGUGUUUUAGCAAAUGCAUAUAUCAAAAGUGAGGCAAAGCAUUCACAAAAGUAGGGUGUAUAUUUCACUGUGAACGUCACUGAAGAGGUGCUUUUAACGCAUUGUCUGCUUUUAACUAGGUAUUGCUCAUGGUGAUGUUAAUGGUGUGAAUCCUUCCAUUUUAGCUGCCCCAAACAAAUUUCUGUUCUGCACAAAAACAAGAAUUUCAGGCAAGCAGGAACCUGCCAUACAAAACCAUAGCUCAUUUCAAAUGGAACUUUCCCCCCCAUUUUCUGUAGAGGAGAAAUAAAAAUGGAUGAACCUAAGGUGAAGAUAGAUGUCCUUUAUAAAUGUUUGAUCUUGAUAGAACAAAUGUGUGUGUGGUGGGGGGGAGUGAAAUGUUACAGCAACAACUUGCACCUUUAAACUACACAGAUUCAUUUGAACAAGAAAAUUUGUCAUCUGAUGUUCCAGUAAAGGAGGGGUGGGAGAGGAAUACUACUCUAAUGGUGCUGCUCUCAUAUGGUUAUUUGUUCCAAGCUGAAAGCCGGAGAUGAUUAAUGGUGUUCUCUGAAAUGUGGUGGAAAUUAUUUUGACACCCAUUCAGUACAUUUUGAAGCAUUUGUUUUCAGGACAUCAAAGCCUGUUAAAACUUCCUCCACAUUUAGGAACUAAAAGAUGGAUCCAAAGGCUUCUUUUUUGUCUAAGUCAGAAUCUCCAGGAGAAGGAAACCAAGAGCUGAGUUCAUAUAACACCCUUAGUCUAGUUCAGUGUUUCUCAACUAUGGUGACUUUAAGA